AUGACGAGUGAAAAAAUCGGUGAAAAAAUGACCUGUUUAUGCAGUACUCACUCUAUGUUGUUCGAGAAUAUGUUCUGCAAUUCCAGGCUCAAUUACAUUCUGACGGCAGACUUUGCAAUGCCUGACGCGCCUUGGCUGAUCCAGCAUGUGUUGUCUCAUGAAGUGAUCGAUCAAAACAACUCCCUGGAAAUCAGUAGAUUAAAAGGAUGGCAACCUGGAGAAGGGAGGCGAGAGUUGAAGAAAAAGUACCGUAGGGUCCUGGCCCAUUGGCGCCAUACAUGUCUUACAAGCGACGAAACGUUUCAUGGCGUGCACCAACUCAUGCGAAAUUUUCAAUCCUCCGGGUAAUUCUCGUUGCCACGGAUCUGCGACUCCGCAGAGGUAGCAACAAGUGACAUCACAGCUAUGCUUCUCGUGCACUCCAUUGUGAAACGUCAUCUUAGCGGCGCUAACGAACCGAGUCGCACAAUUGUCGGACGACAUGGGGAAUUGAACAGAGUGAAUGUGGUUGAUAUGCUUUCGCAACAUCUGCACUGAUGGAAAGGCACCGUUGCAAUUACGAAGCGGGCAGUGCAGAGUAUACACCACUUGAAUCUUGUUCUCACCACCUUCACGAUUUCUCUGACUAUGCUUCAAGGCAAAAUGCUCAAUCAUUUCCUGCUCCGUUCGUAUAACGUCCGCCGUACUGAAGCACUCCAUACAUACGAACUUAUUUUGAUGUUGAUGAAAGCGGUGUAAUCGAACAUCGUUGCUGGAGUUCAGCGCCCGUCCGCAUCUUUCAUCGCUGCAUUUUACGAGUUCUUGAACUAUCUUUAGCAUCAUGGCAAUAGUAUUCGAAUUCUGGCACUUUUCCAUACCAUCAAGAAGUUUGCUGAGUGCUUGAUUGAACUCCGUGUUCAGAGCAGCAUAUUGCGCAAAGUUCAGAAUAGGCAAAUCGUUUGUACAUGAUGGUGAUCUCACUAACACCCCAGAUGGGCUCAUUGCCACUGUACGAGGAUUGAAAUGGCGGAGACAGAGUCGAGGUUGAUGGCACAAACGGAAUCCGUUUAGAAUUUCCUGAGCAACUGGAUUUGAAAGGUAUCGACAAAUGUUCAUCGCCCAUUGCUCCUUGAGUGUAACCGGAUUGACCGGUACAGCAACCAUAUAAUCGACAUAAAAGCUGGCCGCUUUACAUGGACCAGCGGGAGGUAGGAGAUCACACACCACACAUCGUUGCACAACGGGCUGUGCUACGUUUGUUGUUGGAGCCGGAAUCGCAGGUCGACCUGCAGAGGGUGAAGGAGGCACCGGCGCAAGAUGAGCCACGGAAGCAGGAUCAGGAUAUAGUAAACCAUUGUGAUAGUUAUCUAAGAGAAUCUGACUAUUGAUUUGAGAGGGAGCCAUGUUCAGAAGCGGACGACCAGCAGAAUCGAAACAUUGAGGCGGAUAGUGCCACCGGCAGAAACAGUACAAAACACGACGACGUGCCGAGCUGUCUCGAAUAAAUGCAUUAAGAGUACUGAAUAGAGAUUGCGCGGCACCAGGAUGUACUUCUCUGAACUUGGUACAGAGGGAGUUGACAGCAUCAUAUGCCCUAUCUGUUGGCUCGCAAAUCAUAGGCACGUUUCGGGUACGACAAAGAAGACACGCAGCCUGGUUCGAUCCAAGAGGAGGUGGCAUGUUCCCUAUUGCUUGGCGGAGUGCUGGCAUAUCGUUUGGCGGUCCUCCAGGAAACAUCUGUUGAGGUGCGGGUUGCAUAGAUGGUGCAGCUGGCUGAUCAUUUCCCUGCUCAACAAGACCAACUCGGCGACGAUUCAGUACUUCGCAAGUGGAGAUGGGUGUACUCUGCCGUCGCUGGUCCACAAGAGGUUGGCUGACUGAAGGAAUUGCAGCUGCCUCUACGGCCGACGAACACGGCGAGGGUUCAGGAAAAGACGGAGGAAGGCUGCGAUUUCUUUCUUUGAAUUUGAAUCGAGAGGUUAACAUGUCUAUCAUAUUGUCAGCUGCAACAUUCCUGAUGAAAAUCCCUUCUGGCAUAUUCGUAGGCAUUUCACCAGGAUUUUCUUUAUUCGUCGCACAAAGAUAAGAAUGCCAACGGUUUUGGUUAACAAGAGCUGCACAUCGCGAAGGAUCCUCAGGACAGGUUGUGAAGGAAUCACCAAACGUGAUGAAUGAUCGAUGGCUACAAAGCGUAGGCUUUGCAUACCGCCCCUCUACUUGCUUGUGCCGUUUCUCAUCGGUUGGCUGAAAAUACAGAUCAGAUGCGACAGCAAACCCGAGGGAUCGCAAGAUAGUAACCAUAGAGACUCGUGGAUUAGUGGCCCGGUUACCAGAGCACUCACGAUAAACUGCGUGAGAGAAGAUCCGGUCCAGAUUAGCAGAUGCAAGAAGACAAUUUUUACAGAAUGCUAUUAUAGGAAUAGAGUGCUCCGUGUAGAGAUGGUAAAAUAUCGCAGAUUCGCUCAUAUAUAUUUUGUUUGGUGUACAUUUCAAGCAACGGUAAGACAGCUUUCCUUCGUCGUGCUUCUUAUGGUGGUCCCGUAGAUUAGAAUCCGUUAAGCAGAUGCUGCUACAUUUUUCACAAGGAAAAGCUGGAGCUUUGACCAUAUGUUGGGCACGAUGCCGAUGAGCUCUUUGUUGGUCUUCAAAUGCGACCGCACACUGCUGACAUAGGUACAUUAGGCUUUCCGGCGUGAGUGGAACACCGUAAACCAUUCUCUAUAACAAUGACUGAAGGAGGCGGUCCUAAACUAUCUAUUAGGUCAGCGAGGACCUGCCGCUGCUUUUCCAGCAAAGAGGGUGAGUUUCCAUCUCGAGAAUUGCUGUUUUCGCUUUGAUGCAUCUCGUCUACUUCUUGAGCUCCGCGUUGCGGAGUUUCUUCAUCACCAGUAUUUGAAUCUUCUUCCAUAGUAGUUGAAUCCCGCGAGUGCGAACUGGAUGCAGUACCCUCGCUGGUACUCGGUUCAUCUUUUCCUGCAUCGUUGAUUGAAGCUUUUUUCCGCUUCUGACGUAGACGUGGGAGACGAGGAUAUUCGAUAGUAUUGUUAAGUAGUCCUAUCUCCGAGCAGCUGUGAAGUACUGGUUGAGGUGUGCAGGUCUCGUUCUCCUCCUUGAGAUGACUCUGAGCGUGCUCGCUAAGAGCCUCAAGUGGUUCAUUUUUACAAGGCAAGCAGCGAAGAUUCUUUGUAUGUUUCAUAAUGAAAUGCAUCACUGCGUCCUUCAUAGCUUUGCCUUGCGCAAACGGUGCACCACCCAUAAACUUGGCGGAGCAGCACGUACAGCUGACAAACGGGACAGACUUGCUACGACAUUUAUGCUCAUUGAAAGCUGUGAUGGUCGCAAACCCACGACGGCAUUCGCAUACAAACCUCUCCGAAACACUUGUAUGCUUUGACUUCCGAUGAAUCGUACGCUCUUGCCUCCGUACGAGCUUGUCACCACAUAUAGGACACGGUGCCAUAUAACAAUCCGAAAUCAGAUGGACCACUAACUGAUCUUCUCGCACUUGGAAACUGCAGAAUGCGCAUACAGUGUACAGACCGCCAUCCUGCUUAGAUGGAUCUCCAGGAAGCGUAUGACGUGCUUUUACGUGCUCCAGAAACAAUUCAGGUCUUUCCAGAUUGGUGAAAGGAGGAUCGCAGAGAUAGCACAAUUGAGGAACUUCCGUAUGCCAUUUCAAGUGCAUCUCGUAAUCGGCAUGUGAACGCAUCGUGAGACAACAAAACUCGCAUUGUAUCGACUUCUUCAAAACUUCUGCAGAAGCUUGACCACAGUUACUGACGGAUGCUCGAGCAGGGUCAACCUCCACAAUACUAUUGAUAUUUCCAUUUUCAUUGGUUGUCAAAGUGGAAUCGUUAGUUUGUGAAGAUGCAGAUGAACGACUUAUCAUCUCACUACCACGUGUUGCUCUAGGCGCUUCCAUAAGCCCAUCUAUUUCGUCAAUUAAAUUGGCUUCUGCAAUGGGGUCUGGGUCUCCAUUUAUUGAACAAGCAUGACUGUCCGCUUGAGUUUGACGCCCCAUCUCUAGAGAUGGUUGUGCGGAUGGGUGAGAGGUGGAAUGUUGGACACAGUUCGGUGACUUCUGAUUUCCGUAGUCGAUCACUUGGACAGAUGGAGGCUCAGGAUAUUCAAUCACUUGAACAGAAGGUGGGGAGCAGUCAAGGAUCACAACUGGCGGGGAUUCCACGCGCUGAGCCGCCAGAUCUUUUUCCUUCGGUGGAGACGAGAUGGCAGUGUUUGGAGAACAUGAAGAUGAGGUAGCGGCCGAGGAAGCGAAUGUAUCGUUUGAUUUCAACUUAGCAAGGAGAGCUUCCUUCCUCCUCUCUUCGAGGUUGACAGGGAGAUUGCCAUCCUCCGUGAGACCAAUAGCGAGGUUUAUCGAGCGCGUAGUUGCAGAAAAAAAUGAAGGCUUCCUUUUAG